CGGUGGUGCGUGCCCGUAAUGGCCGCUUAGGGAUCGCCUCACAGAGGCGGCGGUUGGCUGACAGUCCCCUCCAGUGUGUCGCGCAAAGUGGCCGGCUCCCCUGGCCCGGAUUUGGGAGGGCGGGUGGGUUCACGCAAUGGCUGCUUGCAGCGGUGGUGAACCCACGGCAGGCCAGACCUGGGGGAACCCGCUGGGGCGGGCUCUGCGGUGGAAGAGUUCCUGGGAGCGUUCUGGAGCUUGGCAGCAGUCGAUACAAAAGGGGAGGUUAAAAGCUUUUCUAAGGAAUUGAAAAUCGGCGCUGAGCGCUGCGGGUGUGGAAAGACGCUUGUGUCCGUGUAUGUACUCGGAAGUGACGAGAUGGGGGCAGCUGGCUCCUCCUGCCGUUAGGGGAACAUAAGAGUUUUGCUAUCAUCUGGGGAUAAAACAGGUUAGAAAGCACUUUGCAGGAAACCGUGUUAAGACUAAAUAGGCGCAAACGACAAUGCAAAUUCCUGUUUUUACGGUUGAUGCAUUUACAAACCGGCCGUUUUGUGGAAAUCCUGCGGCAGUUUGUCUGCUUGAAAAUGACUUGGAUGAAGAUUUGCACCAAAAAAUUGCAACAGAAAUGAACCUUUCAGAAACUGCUUUCGUCAGAAAACUGCACCCUGGAGAUGACUUUACCAAAAGUUCCUGCUUUGGACUCAGAUGGUUCACCCCAGCCAAAGAAAUUCCUCUCUGUGGUCAUGCUACACUUGCAGCAGCUGCUGUGUUGUUUCACACACAAAAAAACACAAAUUCAAUUCUCACAUUUGUGACAAUGAGUGGGGAAUUAAGAGCCAGACAAGUGGAAGAUCAUAUUGUCCUGGACUUACCACUUUAUUUAACCUGCCCACAGGUACUUCAGGAAGUAGAAGAGUUAAUAAAGGCAGCUGCUGGUGACAUGAUUGUUCAAGAUCUUCGUUACUCUUCUGACACAAAGAAUCUCUUAGUCCGCCUCAGUGAUGCUUAUGAAAGGUCUGUGUUGGAAGAACUGCAAGUGAGCGCACAACACUUUUUGUCAGCUGAAAAGACAGGAAAGGUGAAAGGGCUCAUACUUACUCUUAAGGGAAAUUCCACUGGAAAACAGAAAGGCCAUGAUUUUUACUCCAGAUAUUUUACACCUUGGUAUGGAGUUCUAGAGGACCCUGUUACAGGAUCUGCCCAUGCUGUUUUAAGCAGCUACUGGUCGGAGCAGCUGGGGAAGAAAGAAAUGCUUGCUUUUCAAUGUUCCCACCGUGGAGGAGAGUUGAAGAUUUCACUGCGUGAUGAUGGAAGAGUCGACAUUGCGGGCCGAGUUACUUUUGUAUUAAAAGGAAACCUGACUUUCUGAAAAAAAAAAAAAAGAAAAAAAAAAAAAAGAAAAAAAACCAAAACUAAUCUCCCACACCUUCACAUUAUUCAUAUUAUGCUGAUUAUAUCUUAGUUCUAAGCAGUGAAUUACCACUGUCCUCAAGUCUUUGAUUACUUAUUGUUCAUUUUUAAAAAUUGUUUGAAAAUAUUCCUAAUCUUCAAGAUCCUUAGUAUUGUUUUCUUCACUUUCAUCUUGCCACUUCAUAUGCACACUGACCUCAGAAAAUGUCCACUGACAACUGUCUUGGUUUUCUGCUUUUAAAUGAUUCUGUUCUUUGUUUCAAGAUUCCAUGUUAGAAGCCAUUCCUGCUUCCUGGCUUGAAUUGUAAACUUCUCUGAUAAAAUAAUCAGUCUUCUUUCAUUCAUUUUUCCAUUUCAUUUUCCAUGAAAUCUAACUACAGUCCUUAAAAAAAAAAAAAAAAAAAAAAAUCUUUUCUCUGCCAUAUAUUGAAAUGAUGCUCAUAUGUUUAUUAAUUUACUUGAAUUAAAAUAUGAAAAAAUAUAAAUGGUUUAGAAAUGUGCUUUUAUGAACAGUAGUUUUCAAAGAUGAAUGGUAUUGCAAUGGCUCGUAGUACUGCUGCUUAGUCUAUUUUUAAUUACUAUUUUAGCUGAAAGAGUUAAGAGAUUGACAUAGUGAUCCACAUGAAACUGGUUAAAAAUUGCAAGAAAAGUUUAUUGGUCACAGCAAUGUAAUCUGUGUUUCAAAGACUGCAGAUUUGCUCCUAAAUUAAAAGCUGCUUCUGUAAUUUUCUUCAUGAAGUUUACUGCUUCAGAUUUUAUCACCUUUUCCUUUAGUGUUCUGGUUUUUCUCUGGAUUUAUUAGGGAUAUUGAACUGUUUCAGUUACUCUAACUAAAACUCUGUUUUCCUUUUCAAAUCACUUUUGUCCUAAGCUUUGCUUUAGUUCUUUUUCUUCGCAGUAUUUCAGCAUGAAGUGUUUUCAACUCAAAGGCAUUUUCAUACUGUGGGAACAGCUGGAUGUCUGCAAAUGAUGAGGAUCUUAGUUGUGCCAACUUCCCCAAUUUCCAGUUAUUUUGAAUUUUAUCAUAUCUUGUUACUUACAUCUUACUUAAGCCCAAGUAUCUGGAGGCAACUAACAGUGAGAAAAUCCUAUGGUUCUUUUGAAGUAGAAGUUUCUAGCUCCUACUGCUACACAGAAUGUAUAAAAAACGUGAUUUAACUGCACUACAAAGCUCAAGAGCUGGAUGGUAAGCAAAAGGAAUUUUGGAAUGGAAAUGCGUGUUCUUUCCUAUUGAAUAUUGCUGAAGUUCAUGGACCUGAAAUGGGCUUGUAAACAUGGAGUUAUUAUCAAAUGCAAGACAUGACUAUGGCGGCAGCUUAACAGCAGCGUUGCAAUGUCAUAUUUAGCAGCCACCUUGACCUUGCCUUCUUAAAAAGCAAAUUGGUCACUGUCUGGCUAGUGACCUGGAUCUUCUCGAGGAGCAAUACUGCAGGCUUGUUUUGCUGCAUUUUCUGCUUCCUGCUGGUUGAUGCAAAGAGUGAAUCUAAGAGGCUUUGGGGAAAAAAAUGAAAAACAAAGCUUCUUUAAGAAUAUAAAUGAACUAAAGAAGUGAUUAUUAUUCACCUAUCCACGUUUAACAAAUAGACAGUACAAUUAUUUUUUUCUUUUAACUCUAGAGAAAUAGUAAUGAACAAAGCCCAGUAAAUUUUAAAUAUACUUGCUAUCUAAAUAUCCUGACCCAACCAAUAUCUCUGCUGCUUAAUGCAUUUUUUUUUAUAGUUUACUGCUACUUUGUCUCUGUUUCUCUUCAGGAUAGAAAAAUCACCAGAGCUCAGGUGGGAGACUAUGCAGUAAUGUGUUUGUAAUCAACAGAUUAGUUAAUCAGCCAUGAUUUAUUAAUGAUGAAUUAAUUAUACCUGAUUGUGCAGUUCUGCCGCCUAAAUGGAGCUUUAAAGGAGUUAUUUUAUUAAUCAUCGUUGUGCUAAUUGCAGACAUUUACAGAAGGAUUGCUAAUUAAACAUGCAACCAUAUGCAAAACAAGCAAGGCUGCUGAGAGUGGCAAGAAAAAGAGCACUCAUUUUCUGAGUAACAACUUUACUCUGAUGAAAUAUUGUGGAGUUGACCUGGUGAUUGUAAUUACCUAGACAUACUUUAAUACACUGCAAAUUUUCAGUCAACAGUAAAGGAAAUUAAUUGUGACAAAUUCUGUUCAUCUUUCAUAGUGCAAAAAAUAGGUUGUGCAAACUUCAAAUAAAAUUAUUUGGAAUUAUUUGGCCUUGUUUUAUAUUUUCAUGUGAAGGAUUUACCUGGUGUUUUUAUUAGCUGUAUAUUGUUAAUCUAACUUAACUAUCUUAGCAUUCAGGAUCUUGCUCAAAUUUAAGUUACCUUAGCACCAAAUGAAAUGUCUAAUUACACUUGAAAUGAGAAUUCAGACUCAAAAUCGCACGAGUUGCAUCAAGAAAAAGACGAGCACAGGAAUGUUUAAGUUAAUUUCCAAAACCCAAAAUCUGCACAGAAAAUGCAGAAAGGAAACAGUACUUAAAGGUAGAUUUCUGUAAAGAGGUUACUAUAAUUUAAAUAAAUAUUAGUAUCAUGUGAUCUUCAAUAGCACAAUUUUAAGUCCUUAUAAUGCUAAAUACAGUCUUUGAGUUCUGCAGGCUUCAUCAUAAUGGACUUUUCAUGGACUCUCUUUAAAGGAGGUUGCUAGACCUUCCUCAUUAAUUAAAUAAAACUUUGUUUAAGAGGGAAUUUUCUGGAACUGCCUGUAUAAUAUUACAGUUAGUAACAUAAAAGUUUGGAAUUUAAUGUUUCUCUGAGAAAACAGUUAACUUGCAUUGUUUUGAUUAAAUUAAAAUGUCAAAUCACGAGUUAAAUUUAAGUGAAGAUACUAAGUGGAAGGUUCAGAAAUGCAAUGUCUCUUUGGUUAGUGUUUCUGGUGCAGAAGAUUUGCAGAACUCCUUGUGCUGCUCUCUUAAUAAAGAGCAAAUUAUGUGAAGGGAAAAUACAAUUCCAAAAAUUCGUGUGUGCUUGAGAAUUAUUUAUCAUGUGUCCGGUCACCAUCAGGUCAUUAAGUUACAGGUCACUGUUAGUUUUGAGUAAAUCUGGCUAGAUCCAACAGCCAAAACAUGAAUAUUUAAAUGCAUGUUUGCUCAUUUUACUUCGUCAGUAUGUGUCUUUGCAGAGCCAUAGCUCAUGUAGGGGUCAGGAAGAAAGCACAUAACCCUGAGGAAGUAAGCAAAAUAAGAAAAUAAAAACAAAAAUUGAGCAACAUGAACCAUAUAAGCUUGUUGCUAUGGAAUGAAUGUACAGCUUAAAGGGAUGAAAAUAAAUUGGGAAGCCGUGUUUUUAAUUUAAUAAGCCACUUAACAGAUCUGCUUAAAGUAUUAAUGAAAAUACUUUGCAUUUCUUUUGUGUUAUCUAGAUGAGAGUAGGCAGCAGGAUGGUAUCAAGGUUGGAAAAUUUUGCAAAAGGUGGAAAUAAAAGAUUUCAUGACAGCAAGAGGACAUAGAAAGGAGCCAUGUGGUCCAUAAGGGAUAGGAAGGGAAAUUAGCAACAGAUGAGGCAGUUAUUUCUGGGAAAGGGAAGAUUUCUUUGUCUCAAUAUUCACCAGAGUGACAGGGAAACAUGCCAGAAACAGAGGGAGCCUUCCCAGAAGUAAAAAAAAGAAAACUAAAUGAGAAUUAAGGGUGAUGCCAGAUCAGGCAAAAAUUAAAUUAGUUCAAUUAAAAACCAAAAAAAUCUGCCAAUUAAGCAGUUUGAUUCUGACUUCUGUUCCACCGCCCCCCCCCUCCCCCCCAGGGAGUAGAUUUGUCUUUAAAGUAAUUACCAGACUUCAACAAAAAGACAGAACAAAGGAGAACCAAAGGAUUUUUCUCAAUUGCUGAGUCACUGUCCUUCUUUUAGUUCCUAAAAUUUACUGCAAAAUAUAAUUAAAAUUUUUCAAAAGAAUGAGAAAGUGGAAUAACAAAACCCAAUAUGUUACCAGAAAGUAGAAAAGUGUGAUUUAUUUAUUUAUUUUUACUAGAGGUCAGUUUUAGUCUAAGACCUUUAGUUUAGACUGGUGAUUUCUUUAGUGAGAGGUUCACUUUGACUUGUGGUUUUGCCUCACUGAUUGGCAAAGGAGAACAGUCCCCGUUUUUUAAUGUCAUGAAUCACGUAAGCCUAAGUUUUAUCCACUUUCCAGUGUUCUUUGCCUUUUUUGGUGAUACACCCAAACCAAGAAACCACUUUCCCGUAUGUAAUUUUUGUCCUGUUAAGAAUUACAGGAUAGAUAAAAUACAUUAAGCAAACCCAACAAAAUUCUCAGGAACAUUUCUAGAAUUGUAAAGAGGAAGGAGUUUGAUGGAGAUGAAGUAUGUUUGUGAGGAGCAGGAAGAAGAGAAGGAGGUGCAGUGCCUGUGUAGAGACUGAAAUAUGUCACCACAGUUAAAAUACUUAAGGGAAUGCCCUCAGGUUUUGCCACUAGUUGGAGUUAAUGAUGCAAAGACAGUUUGUCUGAUCUGGGAGUCAGGUUGAGAGAUGUUAGGCUAGAGAAGAUAUUAUGUGGAUUAUUGUAGAGCUGGAGCACAUGUAUGGAGUGCAGGAAUGAAGUGCAGGAAAGCCAGGAACCUGAGUUUGAAUUCAGGUGUAGUCUCUAGUGACCUUUUGCUAUGCUUUGAAUCCAAACCAAAGGGGACCUACCAGAGUCGCCAUCCCACCAAGCUCAGUUCAGGUGGGAAAUUCCAGCUGGAAUUCUUGAAAUUUUGUUUCAGAAAGCAUCCUUUCUCUAUAAAUAUUUAUGGCUAUAAACAGAAAUUAAUUAUCUUAACGACUAUGAUAAUUUUAGUCACCUGUAUUCAGAAAGAAAUGGCUCCUUUCAGAAGAAAAUAACUUUUUAAAACAGUCUUCUGGUCUUUAGUAUGUUUAUGCAUAGCAACUUUCUGAAGAUGUGUCUAAUUAACUUACAUGUUUAACAUCACAGCUUCUGUUCUUCCUAAUGUUAGGAGCAUGGUUACUACAACUUUCAGAAACCUUUCAGCAGUUAAUAGUUAAUAGCAACAAUAAACAAAGUACCCUCUUAAUAGCAAACUACAGGCACUUUCUCAAUAAAGUUACAAUUUCAGCA